ACCUCCUCCUAGUAGCGAGCGGCGGCCGGGGGAGGGCGCGUCAGGCGGCGGCGAUCGAUACGAACCCCAGUCGAGCGGCGGAGCCGGCAGCGCAGCGUCCGUCCGUCGUGCGGCCGACCGGUGACCGAGCGACACGCAGCCACAGACAGACAUAUAGACAGAGAGGGAGCCAUGUCGCCGGCCAGCCUGCCCAGCUCGCCGGAAAUGGUGCGACCGCGCGCCACAGACUUUUCGAUCGCAGCCAUCAUGGCCCGCAGCAGCAGCCGGGCCGAGGUCAGGUCGGCCACGCCGCCGCUUCUGUCACCAGUGAAGGCGAUGGAGGCGGUGCGCGUCUCGGAAGGUGAGGAGGAAGAGCGUGAGAUCGACGUCGAGGAGCUGCCCGAGGCGGCCGCCAUGGACGACUCGGCGUCCCGCGGCUCGACGCCCUGCUCAGAGCCGUCCGACAGCCCGCAGAAGCCGGCCAAGAAGGGUGUCCGCGAGACCAGCAACUGCGAGGAGCUGAGGGACGUCCACUGCCAGCUGGAGGCCAAGGAGCUCUGGGACAAGUUCUUCGAGCUCGGCACGGAGAUGAUUAUUACCAAGACUGGGCGGCGCAUGUUUCCGACGGUGCGAUGCUCGUUUACGGGCGUGGAGCCCCAGCAGCGGUAUGCGGUCAUCCAGGACAUCGUUCCCGUCGACAACAAGCGCUACCGCUACGCCUACCACCGCUCGUCGUGGCUGGUGGCCGGCAAGGCGGACCCGCCGGCGCCGGCCCGGCUCUACGUGCACCCCGACUGUCCAUUCAACGGCGAGCAGCUCAAGAAACAGGUGGUCUCCUUCGAGAAGACCAAACUGACAAAUAAUGAGAUGGACAAACAGGGUCAGAUCGUGCUCAACUCGAUGCACAAGUACCAGCCGCGGGUACACCUGGUGCUGCUGGAGAACGACAUGAACGCCUCGGCCAUCGACGACCUCAGCAAGGUCAAGCACAAGACGUUCAUCUUCCCGGAGACUGUGUUUACCGCCGUCACCGCCUACCAGAACCAGCUGAUCACCAAGCUGAAGAUCGACAGCAACCCGUUCGCCAAGGGCUUCAGGGACUCGUCUCGGCUGACAGAUUAUGAGCGGGACAACCUGGACUUCAUGCUGGACCAGCAGCAGUACGGCUUCCCGCGGCUGCCUCCGCCCUCCAUGGAGGUGGAUGGUGCCGGUCUGGUCGAGAAGGCCCGCGCCCAGAUGGCCGCUCUCGGCUCUCGUCUGCCCGGUCUGCCGGGCCUGCCGGGGGGUCUGGCGCCGGACACGGCCGCCCAGCUGUACGCACUGGGCGCGCGCGGCCCGCCGGCGCCGCUGCCGCUGACCGCCCAGCUCUGGUCGCAGUGGAGCGCGCUGCACGGCGUCGGUCUGCCGCUGGGAAUGCUGGGCGGCGGGCAGCUGCUGCCCGGCCUGCCCGGCCUGCCGCCCUCCUCCCUACCGAUGGGGGUGUCCGCCUGCCCGCGGCCCGCCCCCUCGCUGGCGGCCAACGUCAGUCGGUACUCGCCCUACAGCGUGCCCACCAAGCGGGCACCGUCGCCGCCCUCCCCGCCACCACGGACGAUAGUGUAGGGACGACUCAACUUCCCCUCCCCACCCCGCUCCGCUGCCCCGAUAUGGUGAUAUCUAGAUCGUGAAUGGACAGGACCGUCGCUCUGCUGUCGUGAAUGACAUCAGAGUCUCUCCGGCCGCCCUGUUUUCUUUAUAUAGAGUAUACGAUGUAACGUAUAAAAUCGUAACAUGACGCACGUGCGCGAGGGUGUAAUGUAGCGACGUACAAAUUGUGGUGAACGUAACGCAUGGUCAUGGACGGUGCGUUGUCUAUAUCGGUAUGUUGUCUACCCUAUUUGUCCAGUCUAGUCGAGCGGCGCCGGUGACUGGAUCGGCUGCAGGUCGGGUCAAUGGUCAGAGGUCACCAGAGGUCACACGCACAAAAGUGACCUGGUGAUGUCGCCGUAGCUUUAGCCGCCGGAGCUCCCAGUGAGGUAUAUCUAGCCCGCGCGGCCAACGCACCUUGUUUUAUGUAAAAUAUAUUGUUGUCAAUGUUCUGCAAAUACAUUAAGAUUUACAACGAG